AUGGAGGAGCAGGUCCUUCAGCUUCUCCAGGCGACAACUCGACCUGACACGGUUGUCAUCAAAGCAGCUGAACAGGGACUACUCCAAUUGUACCCGCAGACAGAUUUUCCCUUUGCUCUACUAACCAUCGCAACACAUCAAAAUAUCGAAGCCGGCUCUAGGAAAGCCGCCCUGACCUCACUCAAAAGUUAUGUCCUUCAGACCUGGUCACCUCAAUUCGACGAGACUUUCACCGGGAAUGUGUAUCUGAAUGAGGACGCCAAGGCCAGAAUCCGUGAUCAAAUCCUCGCUAUUUGCACAGCCUCGGCUGAUCAAGCACCCAAAGAAACCAGUAUCCAGGGGCUGGCUGCUGGGGUGGCUAGUAAGAUCGCAAGUGUAGAUUUUCCAGAUUCGUGGCCAAAUUUAUUUCCGUCCUUGCUCAACAUUCUCAAUACUUCGACCGACGAUGGACCAAUCCAUGGAGCUCUUCGAGUUCUUUCUGAAUUGAUUGACUCUGGGCUGACGGAGCAACAAUUUUUCGCCGUGGCACAGGAAUUGGUUGGUGCUUUGCAGCAUGUCGCACUGGACAACAAUCGUGCAUUGAUCGUACGAGCCAUGACUCUCAAUGUCUUCCGAUCCUGUUUCGAGAUGUUGGAAAUGGUCAUGGCUGAUCAUGGUCCUGCAGUCAAGGCAUUCUUGAAUGAGUCCAUCACCACUUGGAUGCCCUUUUUCACCGAAACCAUCAAAGAGCCCCUGUCCCGUACUGAAGGUUCCACAAUUGAUCAAAACGACACCCAGUUGCGUGGCCUGGUUGCGUUAAAGGUCCAAGCCAUCAAGACUCUAGACAAACUCCGCCAAGUCUAUGUCCAAGCUAUAUCUCCUCACGCUGUAGGACUGUUCCAGGUUGUAUGGGAAGAGCUCUCGAGACUUGCGGCUCCAUAUUCAGACCUCUUCGUCGAAGGAAGUGCUGAGGGCAAGUUGGUUGAUAGUGACAAUCUCCCAUGCAGCCUCGACGCUUUAGUUCUCGAAGAAAUCGACUUCUUACAAGUCACCAUCAGAGCUCCACCAGUUCGAUCCGAAUUGUCAACACAAAUGAAGCAGUUAGGAGAUGCACAGCAUACUGUUCAAUGGCUCCAGGAAUUAAUCCGAGUCCUUGUUCAGUUCGCAAAAAUUCCAAAAGAAGAGGAAGGUCUUUGGGAGUACGACUCUAACCUGUAUCUUUGUGAAGCAACCUCUCUCACUGCAGCUUACACUCCUCGUGCUGCAUGUGCCGAACUUGUUGUCCGGAGCUUGGGUGAAUGGCUGAAACAAAUCCCCAUCGUGGCGAUGCUUCAUUUCAAUCAACAAACUCUCUUGACACAAAACGCGGGUUGGAAGGAACGAGAAGCGUUGUUAUUCCUUCUCAAUCAAAGUCUGAAGGAGGUUGACGAUGUAUCAGGCAAGCUUCAACAGACGACUGCUUCAGCUCUACUUGAACAAGUCUCCGUAUCCCUGCAGGAUAGUCAGAUCUUCAUGCGAGCCGCAGCUCACUUAACCCUCGGCUGCUUGUUCAAAGUUACUGGGGAUGGAUACUAUGAUGCAGCAGCCGCAUCGUUCACGAAUGCAAUUAGUGCAGCUGGAACUGACCCAUCAGACGUGGUCAAGAUUUCAUGUAUCAGCAUCAUCCCUGACUACCUUGAGGCAUUGCCCUCCAACAUCACCCAUCCUAUGCAAGGUGCAAUCAUCAAUGUCAUCAACGAAUUCAUCACAUCGCAUGACCUCCGAGACGAGCUUGAGGAUGCCGACGAUAUCAAGGCAGCCAUCAUUCAAACACUGCGCGAUGCCAUUAUGCUUGACACGACGACAGUUACGGAGUCAAAUGCGAUUGAUAUCUUUUUCACGCUAGCAUCCGAUGGCGCGGGAAAUUUCCAACUGUUCAGUCUUCUAACUGAAGCGUUCGAAGGCAUCGUCAGUUCAGUGGCCGCCCAUGGCUCUGAGCCAUAUGUUCGUCUUUGUGCAAAGACCAUUCCUGCGUUGACAGGAGCCUUCGAUAUUGCAAACAUGACCCAGGAAUCUGCACUGACAAAUCUCGCUGCAGAGCUUGUUAGUGCACUGGCAGAAUUUGGUUCCGAACCUCUCCCUGAUGGCUUUGUCAAUGCUGUAAUGCCAAAACUACAACGAGUUCUUAUGGAAGCCACCGAAGCCGAACUUGUUCGGCCUGCAACUCUUGCUGUUGAGCACAUGCUUUCUAAAGGCACACAGCAGUACUUGGCUUGGACUGAUCCUCAGAGAAAAUCAUCCAUCGAAGUCACACUAACGAUCAUCAAUCGUCUACUCAACUCACGUGAUGUGGACGAAAACGCUGGUAGUGAAGUCGGCACACUUGCAUCGACCCUCGUUAGCAAAUGCGGCGCAGACAAACUAGGACCUUACCUCAUGGAUUUACUCCGCGCCGUGGCUAUCCGCCUUGCAACCGCCGAUCGCAUCCAAUUCAUCCAAUCACUCUGCAUGGUGUUCGUCGGACUGACAAUCGCAGCACCCAAAGAAGUGGUCGACUUCCUCUCCGAACUCAACAUCAAUGGCACACCGGGCUUCAGCGUCGUGCUGACCAAAUGGCUCGAGAACUCCGUACAUUUCGCCGGCUUCGACGAAGUACGACAGAACGUCGUCGCACUCUCCAAGCUGUUUGCCCUCCAAGACGCGCGGAUCAAAGCCGUCACAGUGAAAGGCGAUCUGAUCAUCGACGCGAACCCAAGCGGACGAAUCAAAACCCGCUCGCAAGCCAAACUCAACCCGGACCGGUGGACCAGCAUCCCUGCCGACCUGAAAAUCUUGAAACUGAUGGUCGACGAGCUCUCCAGCGCCGCAACCUCGCAAUUCCCCAAUCUCGCAGCCGCACAGGCCGCGGCCGAUGCGCUGGAUGAGGUGGACUCAGAUGCCGAAGACGCCGACGACUGGGAGGACGUGGGCACGGCUGGUGCAAUCGACCUCGCGAGCGAGAGCGUUCGAAACGAUCUGAUGGGGCUUGUGGGUGAGGGUUCGCUUGCCGGGAUGGAUCGUGCAGCCAGUCCGACCGGAUCGCGCGUGCGUGAUGAGGAGACGGCGGAGUAUCUUCUCCAGUGGUUCAAGAACGAGGCCGGGAGGGACGGCUUCGCGGCCUUGUUUGAACAGCUUACUGAGGAGGAGAAGGGGCGGUUGAGAGAGCUCGUGGCUUGA